AUGAAUGCCGAAGUCACUACCCAAGAACUACCGUCCACGGACAUCACGGACGCCUUCGAUGCCAUCUCGGGUUACGAAGAGACUCUUGUGGCGCAGGGAGAAGCCAUGGGGAUCGAGCGCGGCCGGUCGCUGGGUAUUGAGGAAGGCCGCGAACUCGGGCUUAUCAAGGGAGCCGAGAUUGGCAGCGAGCUGGGCUUCUAUCGAGGUUGCUACCUGAUCUGGAACCACAUGCUCAAGCACGAGGCACUGCAAUGCAAACUCCCAGAUCGAGCAGCCAAGUCGGUGGCUUCUUUUGGCGUGUUGCUCGAAGCGCUCAACCUCAAGAACGUGGUGGAUGAAGACAUAAUGCAAGCGAUGUGUCGUAUUCGAGCCAAAUUCAAGGUCAUCACGGCAAUCGCAGGUCUGCUAGGCACUUUGGUGUACAACAAAGAGGACAUUGACGCGCACAAGAACAUGUCAUUUUGA